AUGCCUCAAGCUGCUGCCCGGGUACUUACUAGUGGCAUGCGCCUGCCUCCGCUCCCCACCAUAAGAGAUUUGGUGAAACUCUACAAGCUGCAGGCCAUGAAACAGCUCAGUCAAAACUUUCUUAUGGAUGAGCGUCUCACAGACAAGAUAGUUAAGUCAGCGGGUCGCAUAGAUCCGCGCGAUGUUGUGUUGGAGGUCGGACCUGGGCCUGGAGGUAUUACCCGUUCGAUACUUCGUCGACAGCCACAGCGCCUGAUGCUAGUUGAGAAGGACCCGCGCUUCACAGAAACAUUGGAGCUGUUGCGAGAGUGCGCUCAACCUCUCGAAAUACAGGUAGACAUAUACCAUGCGGAUAUUCUGCGAUUUAACAUUGAACAGCAUCUACCGGACACUACCCAACGUGUCCACCUAAUCGGUAAUUUACCAUUCUCCAUCUCGACGCGCCUACUCAUUAAUUGGUAUGCGGAUUUAGCUGCUCGUCGUGGUGCCUUUCGUCGCAACGACACUUGCAUGACACUAACCUUUCAAAAGGAGGUGGCUGAGCGUAUUUGUGCGCAGCUGGGCAGUGAGCAACGUUGCCGACUCUCGGUUAUGUCGCAGAUUUGGACUGAACCGGUCAUGAAGUUCAUUAUACCGGGAAAAGCGUUUGUGCCCAAGCCAAAGGUGGACGUUGGUGUAGUUAAAUUAAUACCGUUGAAACGUCCCAAGACGGAUCUGCCUUUUGAGCUAGUGGAGCGGGUGGUGCGGCACAUAUUUAACAUGCGUCAAAAAUACUGUCGUCGAGGGUUUAGCACGUUAUUUCCGCCAGAUGGUCGCGAGGAAGCAACACAAAUGCUUUUCCACCAAGCUGAUGUGCAGGAUACUCUUCGUCCUUUCGAGCUAUCUGUGGACGAAUGCUUGCGGCUAGCGCACGUCUACGCUGAUUACGCGGCAGCAAAUCCUGAGGUGGCCAGCUACGAUUAUCGUGCACAAAAAAUUGCAAUUGAUUGAUAAAAUGAUUUCUAAUAAUAUUUGUUAUAUAAUAAAAAUGUAUUGUAAAAAGUA